UUGCACGUGGGAAGCUGGUCUUCAAAAUUCAGGGCUGUAGCUGCCUUCUCUUGCCCCCUGGAUUUAAAAGGAAGAAAGAGGAAAAGGGUUUCUAGCUGAACAUGCAGCGCAAGAAGGUGGAUAAUCGCAUUCGAGUUUUGAUUGAGAAUGGAGUGGCUGAACGGCACAGGACGCUCUUUGUUGUAGUCGGGGAUCAUGGCAAAGAUCAGGUGGUCAUUCUUCAUCAUAUGUUGUCUAAAGCAGCUGUAAAAGCCAGGCCGUCGGUGUUAUGGUGUUAUAAGAAAGAGCUGGGCUUCAGCAGCCACCGUAAAAAAAGGAUGAGGCAGUUGCAAAAGAAGAUUAAAAGUGGGACUUUAGAUCUGAAACAAGAUGACCCCUUUGAGUUGUUUGUAGCAGCCACAAACAUUCGGUACUGUUACUACAAUGAAACACACAAAAUUCUCGGGAAUACUUUCGGCAUGUGUGUCCUUCAGGACUUUGAAGCCUUGACACCAAACCUGCUGGCUAGAACCGUGGAAACUGUGGAAGGCGGUGGCAUAGUUGCAAUUCUUCUGAGAACAAUGAACUCCCUAAAACAGCUGUACACAAUGACCAUGGAUGUACAUUCUCGAUACCGAACCGAGGCACAUCAGGAUGUAGUAGGCAGAUUUAAUGAGAGAUUCAUUCUGUCUCUGGCCUCAUGCAAGACUUGCAUGGUAGUUGAUGAUCAGCUUAACAUUCUCCCAGUCUCUAGCCACAUUGCAAAUAUAGUACCUGUUCCACCCCGAUCUCAGGAGGACAGCCUGAGUCCUCAGGAUGUGGAGCUGAAGGAGUUAAAGGAGAGUCUUCAGGACACGCAACCUGUUGGAGUGCUGGUUGAGACCUGUAAAACUCUGGACCAGGCAAAAGCACUUUUGAAGUUCAUUGAAGGCAUUUCUGAGAAGACACUGAGAAGUACUGUGGCUUUAACAGCUGCCAGGGGGCGUGGUAAAUCUGCAGCCUUAGGAUUGGCUAUAGCUGGAGCAGUGGCUUUUGGCUAUUCCAACGUCUUUGUCACGUCUCCCAGCCCAGAUAACCUUCACACCUUGUUUGAGUUUGUAUUUAAAGGCUUUGACGCACUACAGUAUCAGGAGCACUUGGAUUAUGAGAUAAUUCAGUCUCUCAAUCCAGAAUUUAACAAAGCAGUCGUCAGGGUGAAUGUAUUCCGAGAACAUAGACAGACUAUCCAGUAUAUACAUCCUGCUGAUGCUGUGAAACUGGGUCAGGCUGAACUUGUGGUGAUUGAUGAAGCUGCUGCUAUUCCCCUGCCCCUGGUGAAAAAACUGCUUGGCCCUUACCUUGUAUUUAUGGCUUCUACCAUCAAUGGCUACGAAGGCACUGGCCGUUCCUUGUCUUUGAAGCUGAUUCAGCAGUUGCGGCAACAGAGUGUGCAAGCCCAAGCCAGUGUGACGGCAGAGAACAAAACAACCACCACCGCUAAACUCUCCGCAGUCCGUACACUGCAUGAAGUUUCUCUCCAGGAAUCCAUUCGGUAUGCCCCAGGAGAUCCUGUUGAAAAGUGGCUGAAUGACUUACUGUGCUUGGAUUGUCUCAACAUUACGAGGAUUAUAUCUGGUUGCCCAUUACCCGAGACCUGUGACUUAUAUUAUGUGAACAGAGACACCCUCUUCUGCUAUCACAGAGCAUCGGAAGCUUUCCUUCAGAGGCUGAUGGCUCUGUACGUGGCCUCCCACUACAAGAAUUCUCCCAAUGAUCUCCAGAUGCUUUCAGAUGCUCCUGCCCACCGUCUCUUUUGCCUUCUGCCACCAGUUCCACCUACCCAGAAUUCUUUGCCAGAAGUCCUUGCUGUUGUUCAGGUGUGUUUAGAGGGUGAGAUCUCUCGUCAGUCCAUUAUGAACAGCCUGUCCAGAGGGAAGAAAGCAUCAGGAGAUCUUAUUCCAUGGACCAUUUCAGAGCAGUUCCAGGAUCCAGAUUUUGGUAGCCUCUCUGGUGGGAGAGUUGUUCGCAUUGCAGUCCAUCCUGAUUAUCAAGGGAUGGGUUAUGGCAGCAGAGCUUUGCGCUUGCUGCAGAUGUACUAUGAAGGCAAGUUUCCUUGCUUGGAAGAAAAGAUUGCCCAAAAGCCAAAAGAAAUUGCUACUGUGAGUAGCGAGGCUGUCAGUUUAUUGGAAGAAGCUGUGACGCCCCGGAAGGACUUGCCUCCUCUCCUCCUCAAACUGAGUGAGAGGCAAGCAGAGAAUCUCGACUACCUUGGUGUGUCCUAUGGCUUGACACCAAGGCUGCUCAAAUUUUGGAAACGAGCUGGAUUUGUACCAGUUUAUCUGAGGCAGACUCCAAAUGAUCUGACUGGGGAGCAUUCCUGAAUCAUGCUGAAGAUGCGGAAUGAAGAUGAGGAGAAUGAGCAGGAGAGCUGGCUGACUGCCUUCUGGAAAGAUUUUAGGAGGAGGUUUCUGUCUCUCUUGUCAUAUCAGUUUAGCACUUUCUCUCCUUCAUUAGCUUUGAAUAUUUUACAGAAUCGGAACAUCAAGCAGCAAUCACAACCCCCAAUCAGCCGUAGUGAAUUAGAAGCUGUUUUUAUUCCAUAUGAUCUGAAGAGACUAGAGAUGUAUUCAAGGAACAUGGUCGAUUAUCAUCUAAUUAUGGACAUGAUCCCUACUAUCUCGAGGAUGUACUUUCUCAGCCAGCUUGGAGACAUAACCCUUUCUGCUACACAGUCUGCUCUUCUUCUUGGGAUCGGCUUGCAGCACAAAUCUGUGGAUCAAUUGGAGAAAGAGAUAGAACUGCCUGGUGGUCAGCUGAUGGGUCUCUUUAACAGGAUAAUCCGCAAAGUUGUUCAGUUAUUCAACACUAUCCAGGAAAAUGCUGUGGAAGAGCAGAUGGCAGCAACAAAGGAAGUUGUAAUGGAGCCAACCCUGAAAUCAUUAAAUGAAGAUUUGGAAGAAGCCGCAAAAGAGUUUCAGAAGAAACACAAGCAAGAGAUUGGGAAGCUGAAAGACCUCAACCUUUCACAAUAUGUCAUCAGAGGCGAUGAUGAAGAAUGGAACGAAGUGCUGACCAAAGCAGGACAGAAUGCUUCCAUUGUCAGUCUGAAAAGUGACAAAAAAAGAAAAUCAGAAGGUGUAAUAGGACCAAAACAGGAGAAGAGAUUUAAGAAUAAAGCCCCAAAGCAGAAGUGGAAGAAAUGACUCCUAAAUCAACACGUGGACCUGAGCUCUUGUUUUGGGGAGGAUCCAGCUUCUUUUAUAAAGCGAAGGACUGAAAGCUAAGAAGAAGCUGUACCUUGGAGCGAAAAGGCCUGAAGCAUUUAAAAAAUACUGCAAGCAGCAGCGCUGUUCAGAAGAUAUUUUUAUACUGCUGCCAGCUCAGCAUUUGUGCUACAUUAAAAGGGAUUGUAGAACUGCACACUGGAUUAUUACCAGGAAUCCUAACUUUUUAGGCCUGCAAAACUCUGCUUUGUGAGCCUAAGAGACCUAUAAACAUCCUUCCCAUUUCUUUAUGAUUGUUGUUCUUACUGGUGAUUUUUGGAGGGAAGCCUAGGUUUCCGUGUGUGUGUGUGUGUGUUUAUUUUAAAUUGAAAGCUGAUAUUUUUUCUACAACUAGUACAAUGGGGUAUACAAUGUUCAGUAAGAUUUUAAAUGGUCAGCUUAAUGUGCCUGUCCACUGUACUUUACUAGACUUUUUGAUUUAGAAAAAUGAGGGGGGAAAAUCUAGUCUCAGGUUCAAUGAAAUCUUCUCCUGUUGCAUACUGUCAUCGCCAUACGCUUCGAGAGUUACUUCUGAAUAUUAGUAGCGGGUUCUGCCUCAGUGCUCUGUGGGUACUAUGCAAGACAGAGGAUAUGGGGAAUAUAGUUGUGCUCCCAGAUCCUUUCUCUGAAAUGCAUCAUUCCUGUUUUUCAGUUUAUACCACAGGUUAUGUAGUUGGGGUCAUGCAGCAGAUACGGAAAGAAGUGGUCAUGAUUGUGUGCUGUAAGCUGCAAGGACAAUGAAGUGUAUUUGGGCGCAGCAUUACACCAAAAACAGCGAAUAAUACUAUAGAAAUGCUUUGUUGGUGCUCUUGUUCUCACGCAUAGUGUGCUGUAGAUAUGACUGGAUAGUGUGCCUCCAAGGUUGCCAAAUCAGAAGACAGAACCUGGAACGGAACUCAGGGUCGUGAAAAUAUCCAGGUCUCUCUUCUGUGUUUUUCCACCUCCUUCCUUGAACACAAAUUUCUGGUCCUCAUGGCUGUGAAGACGAUUGAGAAUAUGAUAGAGAAUACAUUAGCAGUGCCUAGUGAAAUUCCAACAGCUGGAGGAUAAUUGAGCAGGAACCUUCAUGCUCUGUGACUGCAUGGCAUGAGGGAUGUGAGCUGUAUCCCUACCUCAUUGUCACAG